AUGAACAUAACUCACCCGUAUUGUGAGAAGAAACUGUCUAGACUGGUUACUCACAAUUGUCAGCUAAUAUUUCAGUCAUCAAUUGAGAAACUGCUUUUAAAUGAACGGAAAUGA